AGAAACCUUAGCGAUCUAUUGGUGGGUUUUUGAGACAGUGGGCGGAGCUCAGUUUGAACCGGAGUCCCGCCGCGCACAUAAGUGUCAGGUUUCUUCAGCCACAGUUAGCAUGACGCUAAGCUAGGCUUUGGAGCAGGGGUGUCAUGGCAGACGGAGCGGACUGCGCUGCGAAGAGGCGGCAGCCAGCGGGGAGGAAGAGCCGCCCGAACCAGCGGCGAAAGACGAGCUGCCGGGUGAGCCUGGAGAAGGUCCUGGGUAUCAGCACAGUCAGCAGCAGUGGUUUGACCUCAGAUCCAAAUUGUGGCCUUGUUGCCUAUCCUGCAGGGUGUGUUGUUGUGCUGCUUCACCCAAAGAAGAACAAACAGAGUCAUAUCAUCAACACAUCCAGAAAUCCUUUCAGUGCUCUGGCUUUCUCUCAUGAUGGAAAAUACCUGGUCACUGGUGAGAGCGGCCGCAUGCCCUGUGUGCGGGUGUGGGAGGUGAGCGGCGUCCAGGUGGCUGAGGUUCAGUCUCAUAAAUACGGCGUUUCCUGUGUGGCCUUCUCUACAAACAGCUGCUACAUUGUCUCUGUGGGAUACCAGCACGACAUGACUGUGAGCGUCUGGGACUGGAGGAAAGGUGCCAUCAUCGCCUCCAACAAAGUUUCCAGCCGAGUGUAUGCUUUGUCCUUCUCUCAGGACAGUAGCUACUUCGUCACUGCAGGAAACCGUCACGUCAAGUUCUGGUACCUGGACGCGUCCAAAGAGCGGCGGGUGAACAGCACGGUGCCCCUGAUCGGUCGGUCUGGGUUGCUAGGGGACCAUAAAAACAGUGUGUUCUGUGGGGUGUCAUGUGGCCGUGGCUCUGCGUCGUCCAGCACCUACUGCAUCACCAGCUCUGGCCUGCUGUGCCUGGUUAACUGCAGGCGACAGCUGGAGACCUAUGUCAACCUGAAGACGUCGUCUGUGAGCUGCCUGUCCGUCAGUGAGGACUUCAUUUUCUGUGGAUGUGCUGAUGGUGUGGUCAGACUGUUUAAUCCUGCCAAUCUGCAGUACAUCACCAAUCUACAUCGGCCGCACAGCCUGGGAGUCGACCUUGCACAGAGUUUACAGCACGGAAGCCUGCUACCUGUCAGUCCAGGUGCUCAGUACCCAGACACGCUGGCUCUGACCUUUGACCCUGCAUCCAGACACCUUACCUGCGUGUACAACGACCACAGUGUGUACGUGUGGGACGUUAAAGAUGUGAAGAAUGUGAGGAAGCUGUACUCCGCUCUCUACCACAGCAGCUGUGUGUGGAGCGUUGAGGUGUAUCCAGAGCUAGCAGAUGUGUCUCUAGCCUGUCUUCCUCUGUCCUCAUUUCUUACCUGCUCAUCUGAUAACACCAUCAGGCUGUGGCACACGGACUCAUCACCUGGACCUAGGAACCUCUACAGUAACGACCUAUUGAGGAUUUUGUAUGUGGGGGAGAACACGCAGCACCUGCAGGCAGAGGGGGAAGCAUCAGGGGCUGAUGGGAAGGCUGGGAUCAGAGUGCUGAGUAUUAGCCCUGAUGGACAGCACCUGGCAGCUGCAGACCGCUGUGGAAACCUUCGGAUUUUUGGUCUGGAGUUUCUGGAUGAGUUGGUGAAGAUUGAGGCUCAUGACUCUGAAGUUCUGUGUCUGGAGUACUCGCCUCAGUCCACAGGUGUGAAGUUGCUGGCCUCAGCCAGCAGGGAUCGACUGAUCCACAUCUUCAACCUGGAGAAGAACUACGACCUGGAGGGGACUCUGAAUGACCACUCUGCCUCCAUCACUGCUGUCAAAUUCACAGGGGUGAGUCCUGAGGUCCGAAUGGUGAGCUGCGGAGCUGACAAGAGCAUCUACUUUCAGACAGUUGAACAGACUGUGAAGGGUUUGUCCUUCUCCAGAAGUCAUCACGUGGUGGAGAAGACCACCUUGUAUGACAUGGACCUGGACUCGUCAGGGACACACGUUGCCAUCGCCUGUCAGGAUAGAAAUAUCAGGGUCUACAACACAGAAACUGGGAAAAUUAAGAAGUGUUUGAAAGGCUCGUCCAGUGAUGAAGGAGCUUUGCUAAAGGUUCAGAUGGACCCUUCAGGGAGUUUCUAUGCCACCAGCUGCUCUGAUAAAAACAUCACCAUCUUUGACUAUCACACAGGAGAAUGUGUAGCCACGCUCUUUGGACAUUCAGAGAUUGUGACCAGCAUGAGAUUCAGUCAGGAUUGCAGACACCUCAUCACAGUCUCAGCAGACAGUUGUGUGUUCAUGUGGAGGCUGGACUCUCAGAUGACCAGCACCAUGAGGAAGAAGCGAGGCCUCAACCUAAAAGUUGUAUCUGAGACCAGCAGCCAGAAGCCAAACAUCAGGAGGGAGACAUUUACCGUUCCCUCCUCUCGGCUACAUCAAAUACAGGAAGUCGAAGAGUCUGACCUCAGGACUCCAACUAGACUGGACUUUUCUCACAGUGAGGAGGAUGGUUCAGUUCAUGCCGCUUGUGUUUCAGAUGCUCCGCUGCUUGAGACCAACGGAAAACUGCCCAUGUGGUUUCGAAAACUGCAGGGUCACGGGACCUCGUUCGUCCAGUCCGAAUCGAGCCCUCAUCAAGUGCGGAGUCGCUGGACGGAACAGUUCAACCCUCUGACCAUCUGCUCCAUCUUCUCUCCAAGUCCCACAAAGAGUCAGGAGGAAGAGGAGGAGGAAGACUUCCACCCUCAGACUCUGGACAGCAUGUUGGAGGAGGAAGAUGGAGAUGAUGAGGUGUUGCAAACCACAGGUGUGGACAGGAACAGCUACAUCCUCUACCCCAACCCGAACACUACGACUGACAGAGAGUUCGAUGUUGAAGGUGUUGGCGACCUGCAGCUGGAGGUCAGAGGUCAGUCUCAGCUGUGUCUGGACUCAGAAGGCUCAGCAGGAAGUCUGGAGCAGCAGCAUGAGGCCGACACAGACUCGCUGAGUCAGUGCAGCUCUGUGGGCAGUCUGGGUCUGGAGGACGACGAGGACCAGAACUCUCUGAAGAACCAUUUUGACACUCUGGCUUUGAGUCUGAGUGAAGAAAAGUUUGACACUGACCUCAGAACUCUGCAGCCUGUAGAGGAAAAAAACUUCCUAAACCCUCGACUCAGCAUCUCCACCCGUUUCCUCUCUCGAUUUCAGGACCGACUCAGGCCCUGGGCAAGCAGAGUGCCACCGCCUGUCUUCAUCCCCACUCGGAUUUUGGAGGAGAGAAACAUCAGCAACACUUCGGUGAACGUGGAUUCAAGCAACGGAGCCACAUCACUGGAGUCGGCUCUAAAAGAAAAGAGCAGCAGUAGCUGUGUAGUGCCGCGCCAGAAGUCAGUGCAUUCUAGAAGAACGUCCUGUGUGAUUUCCCAUCUGCCCAUUCGCCGCCCAGUGCGUCGACGACACACUGUGGUGGUCGUCCAGUGCAGAGACGUCGCCUCCAGGAGUCUGGUAGCUCACACAGGCUGUGAGGCGGCCGUGGCCCAGCAGGAGGCACCGAGGCUCGGAUCCUUGGGAACGACGACCAGCUCUAGAGCCAAACUGAUCCAUGAUGCUAACAUCUUCAGUCAGGAGGAGAAAGAGAAUGUGUGUUCUUCAGAACCUCAGCCUCCUGCCCCGCUGCUGUCUGCCAGCCUGGACCUCAUCAGAACCAACUCUGAAGCCCAUCGGGACAAGACCUGCAGUGAUGCUCCAUCACGUCAGCUUCACUUACCUGCAGUUAGCCGUGUGACGGACACCUCCCCCACAGCAGCAUCACAGGACGGCGUCAGCAGGAGGCGCAGCGGAGAUGAGACUCUCGCCCUGAGCUUCGUCCCCACUGUCUCCCCUUCCACCACGGCCACAGCCUGUGACCUCAUCACCUGCCCCGCUGCCGUAGAGGAGGAAAGGGCAGGAGGUUCCGAAACCAGGGUUCAGGCUGAUCCAGGUUCAGUUGAUGUUCAGGAGUCGGUGAGUCUGCAGCAGUGCGAGUGUGUCACCGUAGACCUGAGGCAGACCGUGAGACGAGCCGUUCAUCUCUACCAGCAGCUCGGCAGAUCCACCCAGGUCACAGAGCAGCGUCAGAUGUUGUCUGUGCUGCAGGAGGCGUUCGAUGACGUUAGUGCUGAGCUGAAGUCCGUGUUGCAGGAACACGGCCCCAACAACGGCAGCGCCUCCACCGGUCGACGCGGGGAUGAUGAGCGAUGAGGUCUCUGCUCAGAGCCGCUGGUCCCGACAAUCCAGAACAAACUGGACCGACUGAACCAGAACCAGUGCUGAUUCAGGUCAAUGACUAAAAAACACCAGUAUUAUUUUAAAGCACCUUAUGUCUGUGUUUU